AUGCCACCAAAUAGUUUUAUGAUUCCUGAUCUUUCUGAUAUUUUCCAGGAUUUACCUUCAAAGCAACAAUCCAUAAUGUCACAGUCACAAGUUGACAGGCCCGGCCCUAUAAUCGUGAGGCCUUUACCUGAUAUUCAAACUUUCAUAGGUACUUAUUUUCAAUAUACAAUUCCUACAACUUCUUAUUACAUUGUGCUAUCCAAUGGUGGCGACACGAAUAGAUUAGUAUUUUCCGCAAAUUUUGUUCCGACUGAUACUGAAAAAUGGGUUAAAUUUGAUGACAAGUUACGAAAACUAUCUGGAACUCCACCUAAAGAUGCUGUUCAAAACACUACUGUACAUUUACACAUCUCGGAUCCUGGGUACGGAAGCACAAAUACCACUAUGCGCAUUCUUGUUUCAGAUUGUGAGGGUGAGAUGUGUAUUAAUUACAUGCCACCAAAAAUUUUAGCAACAAUCAUUGUUUUAUCCGUCGCAUUUGGUAUUUUCAUUCUUUCUGUGCUUGGUUUUAUUCUUUUCAAAAAGUGGAAAAAAUGGGCUAAAAAAAUGGCUUUGCGCAAUCAACCUAAUUUCCUUUCAAUGACUCCAAAACAUCAUGAACAUGAUCAUUGCGGAAUUGUAGAAAUGUCUCAUUCUUAUCCAUUCAAUGAACCAAACGAAUUAAGAUUAUACAGAUGUAAAAUGUGUGAUAUCCUUCCUGAAGAGUUAAACAAAGUACAUUAUAAUGAAUCAACCUUGUUCUCUGAUGGCACUGUAAAUCAAUUUCCAUUAAACGAUAGCAAUUCUGGAUCCCACAAUUUUAAAAACGUAGAUUCUUUGGGUUUAGGAAUCUCUAUACCGGGUCCCUCAAAUUUGAACGAUUCUGAACUACAGACUCCAAAUCCAAUAGACAUCGGCUCGUAUACACCUGCAGUCCCUCCACUAAAUUUAAUCAAAAGGACUACAUCUUCCGUCUAUUCUUGUUCGUCUGCCACUGCCUCAUGCGACAAUAUCACCCAGACUGCCUCAUCAACAGUCUUAAAAAGUGAUCCAAACAUUGAGCUUACAAAACCGGUACUUUAUGCAAAAUUAGGCGUUUUAUUUCAAUAUUCUGUUAAAAAUUUAGUCCGUUCUUCUACUCGUCAUAAACGUCACUCGUUUAUUAAGGCUGUCACUGAACCAAAUAAUAGUUUGCUUCCAGAUUGGCUCCAUUUUAAUACAGCAGAUGCUAAUUUUUGGGGAAUCCCUUACAAAAAUGAUAUCGGAAAGACCAAAAUUAAGGUACUGCAGAGUGUUCGUGAUGUGAGAGCUCAAGAAAGCAAAGAAUCAAAUUACAAUAAUAGUCUAAACUACCAUUCUCAUGAACUCGAUUUGAUUGAGUCCAAUUUUCUAGUUGUGGAAAAAUUUAUUCUGAUAGUUGUUGAAAAUGAUAUUGAGAUCGAUUACAAAUAA